AUGGAAUUUAGGACUCAACGUAAAGAAGGUGACUUAUCCAAAGCCCCUCCGGUUGAUGUUCAACAAAGCUCAGCUUCAACAGUUGUCCGAACAGACGCAGCUUGGCGAAAAGAAGAUAAGAAAGCUGGUUUUGGCUGGACAGUGAGAUCUGUUACAUCACAUGAGCUUCGCCAAAAGAAACAAGUGGAACAUGUCUCCUCUGCUUUGAUGGCUGAGGGACUCGCUAUCAGAGAAGCUCUGCUAUGCUGCAGACGCCAAGGUCUGAACUCCAUCCACCUACAAUCGGACUCUUCCCAGCUGAUCAGCGCCAUAAACCGCAAAGAACCUCUAACCAAAAUUCAUGGAAUCCUCUCAGAUAUCCUUAAUCUAUGCUGCUCUCCUGCAAUGUUGAUUUCCUUCUCUUGGAUCCCUAGGGACCAAAACUUUGUUGCUGAUUCCUUAUCAAAGGAAGCACUUUGUAUGGUUGGGGCUUUUACUGCUCCCACCUAA